CUUUCUCUUCUAUUCAACAAAAAUGGUGACGUUUUUCAGUCUUCUUUAUACGUUUCUGUUUGUUUUCUUUGUAUACUUGCAUUCAUCUUCUGCAACCACGAACUAUAAUGUGUUGAGUUUUGGAGCCAAAGGCGAUGGAGUAACAGACUCCACUCAAGCAUUCAUCAACGCAUGGGCUGCAGCCUGUCGCUCUACAGAAUCAACUACCAUUUAUGUACCAAAAGGAAUGUAUUUGCUUGGCUCCGUGGCCUUUAAAGGAGACUGCAAAAGCUCUGAUAUUACAAUACUCAUUGAUGGAACACUAGUGUCUCCGUUAGACUACGGUGUACUUGGUGAAGCUGAUAAUUGGCUAAGCUUUGAAGGGGUUAACGGUGUUUCCAUCGUCGGUGGGACACUCGAUGCAAAUGGAUCGGCUUUAUGGUCUUGCAAGGCUGCAGGCUCUAAUUGUCCCAAUGGAGCCACGACAUUGAGCUUUACUAACUCAAACAAUAUCAGAAUCAAUGGAGUUUCAUCAUUAAACAGUCAGAUGUUUCACAUUGUGAUUAAUGGUUGUCAGGACGUGUGUAUUAAAAAGGUUAAUGUCACAGCUGCUAGUGACAGCCCCAACACAGAUGGUAUCCAUGUCCAAUUUUCUCAAAAUGUAAUGAUCAUGAACUCGUCUAUAAAAACUGGGGAUGACUGCAUCUCCAUUGGCCCUGGAACGAAGAACUUGUGGAUUGAAAGUAUCACCUGCGGUCCUGGUCACGGCAUUAGCAUUGGGAGUCUAGGCAAAGAAAUGGAUGAACAAGGAGUACAAAAUGUGACCGUUCAGAAAACCAUUUUUACAGGUACACAGAAUGGGCUUAGGAUAAAGUCUUGGGCGAGGCCAAGUAAUGGAUUUGUUCAAGGCGUUCGAUUUAUUAAUGCUACCAUGCAAAAUGUUCAAUAUCCUAUAGUCAUUGACCAAAACUAUUGCCCUCACAACUUAAAUUGUCCUGGUCAGGUAUCUGGAGUGAAAAUUAGUGAUGUAAUGUACCAAGAUAUUCGGGGAACUUCCGCUACAGCUGUGGCUAUAAAAUUUGAUUGCAGUACUAAAUAUCCAUGCACAGGCAUUCGAUUGCAAAAUGUAAAUUUGACAUAUCUGAAUCAAGUGGCUGAAUCAUCUUGUAAUAAUGUGAUAGGAAAGACAUUUGGCUUGGUUAAACCAAAUAGUUGUCUGUAA